CCCACGCCUACUUCAAAAUGGCUCGUUACAUUCCUAAACUUCUUGAAAUGCGGCAGGAGCUUUCUCCUCUUCUCCAAGGGAAAUUUGAUGAAGAUGGUGUGAAGGAGUUGGCCUAUUCUCUUGAAGAUGGUUCCAUUUUUGAAAUAGUCAAAGAACUAGAAGAAAUCCAACAACUAAAUGAACGCUCUCUCCUUAACCAGCGAAUAAAGGUCGUUAACGAGCACAAGAGGGAGUGGUCUGAACUCACUCGACGACAAAAAGAUGAAGUGACCGAAGCACGCCCACACACCCUUACUCUAAUUAAAGCUCGUCACGAGGAAGAAAGGGUGGAGCUUGAGAGUCGACUGGGAGCAGAGAUAAGAGAGACUGACCAGAGGAUUAUACUGGAACUGGAUCAACUGGUAACGGACCAACAGUCCACACUACAACAAGCAGCUGUGCCUUUCUUUACCGUCACUAACAAUAACAAUGAUAAUAAACUAAUGAACUCGCUACUGAUAUUCAUACUAAGACUCUGUAACAUUGAACAUUAAUAAUAUUCAUUAAUUA